AUGAGUGAUCCAAAGCGAGAUGGUUCAACUCAAAGUUCACAAAAUUCUUCCCCAAGUAGAGAUGAUCAAACAACAACCAAGGAAAAUGUUCGAAAAAAGAUUACUCCAAGGGCAGCUUGUUGGAACCAUUUCACCAAAUUUGUGACUGAAGAGGGGGAGAAGAGAGCAAGGUGCAAUGCAUGUGAUGUUACUUACACAAUGGAAUCAACUUCGGGUUCUACAACGAAUUUGAAUAACCGUUUGAAAGCAUGCCUAAAAAGACCUCGAGGUAAUACUUCUAAUCCAAAGCAAUCAGAAUUAACAUUUGUGAAGGUUAGCCAAGAAACAAUAGAUUUAUCAACUUGGGUGUUUGAUAAAGAUGCUGUUAGAAAAGCAUUGAGGAUAUCUUAUAUGGUUUUAACAGCACAUUGGGUGGAUGAUGAGUGGAGGUUGCAAAAAAGGAUUAUAAGUUUUUGCCCAAUAUCCGCUUAUAGAGGUGAAAGCAUAGGUCAAGCCAUUGAAAAAUGUCUUCGAGAUUCGGGGAUUGAGAGGGUCUUCACUAUUACGGUUGAUAAUGCAUCCGCCAAUAGUGUUGCCAUUGAAUAUUUGAGAAAGAAAUUGAAUCAUCAAAAUGCUUCUAUUGCAAAUGGAAAAUUUAUUCAUAUGAGAUGUGUUGCACACAUUCUUAAUCUCAUUGUGCAAUACGGUAUUAAGGAUGCUUCUGUGUCUGUGGAUUGA